CCAAACUAGCAGCUUGAAAAACACGCUGGGCUGUGUGUGUGAGCCAGAAAUCCUGAGAGGAGAAAGACGGGAUUGAAGCAAGUACAGAGACUAGCCCAGCAUUCCCCAAACUGUUGGAGAGAAUACUGGCGCCAGGAGUUUCUGCCGUUUCUUGCCAAAAAUGGCGACCAGCGAUGCUGUUCUGAAGAGGCUGGAGCAGAAGGGCGCAGAGGCGGAUCAGAUCAUUGAGUAUCUCAAGCAGCAGGUUGCUCUACUCAAGGAGAAAGCAAUUUUGCAGGCAACUUUGAGAGAAGAGAAGAAACUUCGAGUGGAAAAUGCUAAAUUGAAGAAAGAAAUUGAAGAACUGAAACAAGAGUUGAUUCAGGCAGAGAUUCAGAAUGGAGUGAAGCAAAUACCAUUCCCAUCUGGUACUCCACUGCAAGACAAUUCUAUAGCUUCGGAAAACGUACCAUGUGCACCAAUAACAACCAUCUCUUCUGGUACCAAAGAACAGAUAAAAGGAGGAGGAGAAGAAAAAAAGAUGAAAGAGAAAGUGGAAAAGAAAGGAGAGAAGAAGGAGAAAAAACAGCCAUCGGUAGCGGCAAGUGCUGACUCUAAGCCAGUAGACGUUUCCCGACUAGACCUUCGAAUUGGUUGCAUCGUUACUGCCAGAAAACACCCUGAUGCAGAUUCUUUAUAUGUAGAAGAAGUCGACGUUGGGGAACCAGCCCCUAGAACAGUUGUCAGUGGCCUGGUGAAUCAUGUUCCUCUUGAGCAGAUGCAGAAUCGGAUGGUGGUUUUACUUUGUAACCUGAAACCGGCAAAGAUGAGGGGAGUAGUGUCUCAGGCAAUGGUCAUGUGUGCGAGUUCCCCCGAGAAAGUUGAAAUCUUGGCUCCUCCUGAGGGCUCUGUUCCAGGAGACAAAAUUACUUUCGAUGCCUUCCCUGGAGAGCCUGACAAGGAGCUGAAUCCUAAGAAGAAGAUUUGGGAGCAAAUCCAGCCCGAUCUUCACACCAACGAGGACUGCGUGGCCACCUACAGAGGUGUGCCCUUCCAGGUGAAAGGGAAGGGCGUAUGUAGGGCUCAGACCAUGGCCAACAGCGGGAUCAAGUAGAAUGAAGGGCCUUCACUGCUGAAAUAUGUCAGAGAAAACAUUGAUAAUAAAAAGGAAUGUACUUGUCACUUGAA